GGAGUGCAACAUGUUAAAUAGUGAAGAACGUGUUUGAGAGAGCUUCAGUACUGAUCCAAGUUUCAAUUGUUCUUUCGGACUGCUAGGUUGAAUAUAGUAAACGGUGGUCAAGAUCAACAGCUCUACUAAAUUGGGACUCCACCAUGAUCGGUGCUCGUUACACCGUUCUUCCUUCUUUGGUUAGAUUCUACAAUGCACAGAGUCAUCAAAAUACGCGGAAGGCGCGGAUAACUGUCCGGGCAGCAACCACACCGCUGGGAUUAAGUUUCUCCAGCGCAAUCAACGUAGACAACUUCCAGCGGUUGGGUAUCAUCAAACCUGGAGAUGACAGGAUAUCCGUAGAGGAUGUGCGAGUUCGAGAUGUCAGGGAGGUCAGCUAUGUCUCGAGACGAAGAAUGACAGACGAUGUGGGCUUUGAUCCUGAUGAGGUUGAUGAUGAGGGACUCCCUCUGGUUUAUAAUGAGGCGAAGAUCACGGAGUUUUGGAGGCUGAGGUGGGGUGAGCUUGCCUCACGAUGGACGACAUUUGCCGGCAUCUCAGUGCCGUGGAUCAGCAAGCUGGCGACGGCGGUGAUCCGUGGCCGGCUGGAGCAGCAGCAAGAGCAGCUGGCCAGGGAGGCUGUGCAGAACCUGGAGCGCCUGGGCCCCACCUUUGUGAAGCUGGGGCAGGUGCUGUCCAUCCGGCCGGACGUGCUGCCGCCCCCAGUCCUGCGAGAGCUGGCCAAGCUGCAGGAUGACAUCGCCCCCUUCCCCACGGCCGAGGCCCGGGCUGUCAUCGAGGCGGAGCUUGGCCAGCCCAUCAGCACUCUCUUCUCAGAGUUCUCGGAGGAACCUAUCGCGGCCGCGUCCCUUGCACAGGUGUACAGAGCAAGGCUAGCCACCUCAGGGGAAGAGGUGGCGGUGAAGGUGCAGAGGCCGGCGGCGCUUUCAAUUAUUUCCAAGGAUCUUUAUGUCAUGCGGCGAGCAGUUGUCUUGUAUGAGAGACUCAUACGCAGGUUCACAGCGCAGACCACUGAUUAUCAGAUCCUCUUGAGCACAUUUGCAGAGGGUCUGUACACAGAAAUGGAUUUCAGAAAUGAGGCUCUCAAUGCGAUCCGCAUGAAGAUGCUUCUCAGAGAGUCUGAAUUCGUUGACAGUGAGGCAGUUGUCAUUCCUGAGCCCAACCUUGCGCUCACCACCAGGCGGGUGUUGACCAUGGAGUUUGUGAGGGGCACGAAGCUGUCGCUGCUGCCGCCCGAUGAGAUUAGACGAUUGGUGAAGAUUGGGCAGGACGCCUUCCUGGUACAGCUGCUGGAGAUCGGGUUCUUCCACUCAGACCCACAUCCAGGGAACCUGCUCAAGGUGACGGAGGGCCCCCACGCGGGCAAGCUGGCGCUGCUGGACUUUGGGCUGGUGUCGGAGCUGCCGGCGGCGGACAGGGAGGCGAUGGUGAGCGCGACCAUCCACCUGGGCAACCGCGACUGGAACGCCCUCAUCAGCGACUUUGUGGCGCUCGGCUUCCUGCCGGUUGACGCCGACCGCGGCCUCAUCAUCCCCGUCAUGGACCGAGUCCUCUCCCCUUACCUCCGUGGCGGCGGCGCCAAGGCCUUCAACUUCCAGAUGCUGUCACAGGAUCUGCUGCAGGCCUCGCUCCAGAUCCCCUUCUCGGUGCCGCCAUACAUGUCUCUGUUGGCGCGCGCUGUGGCAACGCUGGAGGGAAUUGCGCUUGUGGGCGACCCAGGCUACCAGAUGGUUGCUCAGGCGUACCCGUUUGUGGUGCGGAAGGUGCUGCGGGACAGCAGCAGCGGGGGCGCGCGCAUGCUGCUGCGCGACAUGCUGUUUGACGCCAGCGGCAGUGUGAAGCCGGCGCGCAUGUCGGCCGUGCUCAACGCCGCGCUGGGCUACGUGGCAGAGCAGACCGAUGGCUUUGUGGACUUUGAUGCCGUGCCCGCAGACGGCGCCCCGCUGCAGGUUUGGAUCUACCAGACUCUGUCUCGCUCUCUGGCCUCGGGCCUCCAGUGCCAAUUUGAGGACUAG